CCCCUCCCCUACCCCCGAGCCGAGCCCGGCCCUGGGAAACCCUCCGGAAUGGCCCGCUGGAUCCCCACCAAGCGGGAGAAGUACGGGGUCGCCAUCUACAACUACGACGCCGUGCAGGACGUGGAGCUGUCCCUGCAGGUCGGUGACACCGUUCACAUCCUGGAGAUGUACGAAGGCUGGUACCGAGGAUACACCCUCCGAAAUAAAUCGAAGAAGGGCAUUUUCCCCGAGACAUACAUCCAUUUGAAAGAGGCCAUCGUGAAGGACCGGGGACAACACGAGACGGUGAUUCCCAGCGAGCUGCCCCUGGGACAGGAGCUCACCUCCACCCUCAGGGAGUGGGCAGUCAUCUGGCACAAGCUGUACGUGAACAACAAGACCACCCAGUUCAGGCACGUGCAGCAGCUGACCUACAGCCUGAUAGAGUGGAGGUCCCAGAUCCUCUCAGGGACCCUUCCCAAGGAUGAGCUGGCUGAGCUCAAGAAGAAAGUCACUGCCAAGAUCGACUAUGGCAACAGGAUCCUGGGCUUGGACCUGGUGGUGAGAGACGACAACGGGAACAUCUUGGACCCGGACGAGACCAGCACCAUCUCCCUGUUCAGGGCCCACGAAACAGCCUCCAAAAGGAUUGAUGAAAGGAUCCAGGAGGAAAAGUCCCUGCAGCAGAAUCUGGACCUCAGAGGGCAGCCAAUCUUCAACUCCACCCACACCUACAGCCUGUAUGUGAACUUCAAGAACUUUGUCUGCAACAUUGGGGAAGAUGCAGAGCUGCUGAUGAGCCUCUACGACCCCGAUCUCUCCAAAUUCAUCAGUGAGAAUUACCUGGUUCGUUGGGGCAGCAACGGGAUGCCUAAAGAAAUUGAGAAACUAAACAACCUGCAGGCAGUCUUCACUGACUUGAGCAGCUCCGACCUGAUCCGCCCCAAGAUCAGCCUGGUGUGUCAGAUCGUCAGGGUGGGGCACAUGGAGCUCAAAGAUGGCAAGAAGCACACCUGUGGGCUCAGGAGGCCCUUUGGGGUGGCAGUGAUGGACAUAACUGACAUCAUCCAUGGGAAGGUGGAUGACGAGGAGAAGCAGCAUUUCAUCCCGUUCCAGCAGAUUGCCAUGGAGACCUACAUCAGGCAGAGACAGCUGAUCAUGUCCCCCCUGAUCACAUCCCACGUGAUAGGGGAGAACGAGCCCCUCACCUCUGUCUUCAACAAAGUCAUUGCUGCCAAGGAGGUCAAUCACAAAGGACAAGGCCUUUGGGUCUCCCUGAAGCUGCUCCCUGGGGAUCUGGCUCAGGUUCAGAAGGAUUUCUCCCACCUCGUAGACAGAUCAACUGCUGUGGCUCGGAAAAUGGGAUUCCCCGAGAUCGUCCUUCCUGGUGACGUUCGGAACGACAUCUACGUCACCCUGAUCCAAGGGGAGUUCGACAAGGGCAAGAAGAAGACCCCCAAGAACGUGGAAGUCACCAUGUCCGUCCACGACGAGGAUGGAAACCUCCAGGAGGUAGCAGGGCCUCUUUGGGUCUGGCCCAGGGACAGGUCUGAGAGAGCUUUUGGCAUGGGCUUUGUGAAGCUGAUGAAUGCAGAUGGAACAACGCUGCAGGAUGGCAAACACAAUCUGAUUGUUUACAAGGGUGACAACAAGAAAAUGGAAGAUGCCAAAAGCUACUUGAGUCUUCCCUGCACCAAAACGGAGAUGGAGGAGAGGGAGGCUCCCCCAGGGAAGAACCUGCACCAUCUGGCCAACUUUACCCCCACGAAAGACAGCACAAAGGACAGCUUCCAGAUUGCCACCGUGAUCUGCUCCACCAAGCUGACCCAAAAUGUUGACCUGCUGGGUUUGCUGAACUGGCGCUCCAACUCGCAGAACAUCGCCCACAACCUCAGGAAGCUCAUGGAGGUGGAAGGAGGGGAAAUUGUGAAGUUUUUGCCAGACACCCUGGAUGCACUUUUCAACAUCAUGAUGGAGAUGUCAGAGAAUGAAACCUAUGACUUCCUUGUGUUUGAUGCCCUGGUAUUUAUUAUUUCUUUGAUUGGAGACAUCAAGUUCCAGCAUUUCAACGCUGUACUCGAGACUUACAUUUACAAGCACUUCAGUGCCACCCUGGCAUAUGUGAAGCUCACCAAAGUGCUGAACUGCUACGUGGGGAAUGCUGAGGACUCCAGCAAGACAGAACUGCUCUUUGCUGCCCUGAAAGCCCUGAAGUACCUGUUCAGGUUCAUCGUCCAGUCCCGGGUGCUGUACCUGAGUGUUUAUGGGAAGAGUGAAGAUGGGAAUGAAUUCAACGAUGCCAUUCGCCAACUGUUCCUGUCCUUCAACGUCCUCAUGGACCGGCCCCUGGAGGAGGCUGUGAAGAUCAAGGGGGCAGCUCUGAAGUAUUUGCCAAGCAUCAUAAAUGAUGUCAAACUGGUGUUUGACCCCGUUGAGCUCAGCGUCCUCUUCAGCAAGUUCAUCCAGAGCAUUCCUGACAAUCAGCUGGUGCGCCAGAAGCUGAACUGCCUGACCAAGAUCGUGGAGAGUGAUCUGUUCAGGCAGGCAGAAUGCAGAGAUGCCCUCCUGCCCCUGCUGAUCGACCAGCUGAGUGGGCAGCUGGAUGACAAUUCCCACAGGCCUGACCACGAGGCCAGUUCCCAGCUGCUGAGCAGCGUUCUGGAAGUGCUGGACAGGAAAGAUGUGGGCCCCACAGCUCUCCACAUCCAGCUGAUCAUGGAGCGCCUGCUGAGGAGGAUCAACCGCACGGUGAUCGGGAUGAGCCGACAGUCCCCUCACAUCGGUAUUUUCGUGGCCUGCAUGACAGCCAUCCUGAGGCAGAUGGAUGAUUGCCAUUACAGCCAUUACAUCAGCACUUUCAAAACCAGGCAGGACAUCAUUGACUUCCUGAUGGAAACAUUCAUUAUGUUCAAGGACCUGAUUGGAAAAAACGUGUAUGCACCUGACUGGAUGGUCAUGAACAUGAUGCAGAGCAGGGUUUUCCUCAGGGCAGUGAACCAAUUCACCUCCGUCCUCAACCAGGCCUUUCUGGAUCAGAAAGGUUUUGAGCUCCAGCUCUGGAAUAACUUCUUCCACUUGGCAGUGGCUUUCCUGACUCACGAGUCCCUGCAGCUGGAGACCUUCUCCCAGGCCAAGCGCAGCAAGAUCAUCAAGAAGUAUGGGGACAUGAGGAAAGAAAUUGGCUUCAAGAUAAGGGAUAUGUGGUACAACCUGGGUCCCAACAAGAUACAAUUCAUCCCAGCCAUGGUGGGGCCAAUCCUGGAGGUCACCCUGGUGCCAGAGCCUGAGCUCAGGAAAGCCACAAUUCCCAUCUUCUUUGACAUGAUGCAGUGUGAGUUCAACUUCAGUGGGAACAGGAACUUCCAUAUGUUUGAAAAUGAGCUGAUCACCAGGCUGGACCAGGAGGUGGAGGGCGGCCGAGGGGACGAGCAGUACAAGAUCCUGCUGGAGAAGCUGCUCCUGGAGCACUGCAGGAAGCACAAAUACCUGGCUGCCCCCGGGGAGGUGUUUGCCCUGCUGGUCAGCAGCCUGCUGGAGAACCUGCUGGACUACAGGACCAUCAUGCACGACGAGAGCAAGGAGAACCGCAUGAGCUGCACCGUCAACUUGCUGAACUUCUACAAGGAGAAGAAGCGAGAGGACAUUUACAUCAGGUACCUCUACAAACUGCGGGACCUGCACACGGACUGUGAGAACUUCACAGAGGCAGCUUACACCCUGCUGCUCCAUGCAGAGCUGCUCCAGUGGUCUGAGAAGCCCUGUGCCCCCCACCUCAUGCAGAGGGACAGCUUCUACGUCUACUCUCAGCAGGAGCUGAAGGAAAAACUCUACCAAGAAAUCAUCUCCUUCUUUGACAGGGGCAAAAUGUGGGAAAAAGCCAUCCAGCUGAGCAAGGAGUUGGCUGACAUGUAUGAGAACAAGGUCUUUGAUUACGAGGGGCUUGGCAAUCUCCUGAAAAAAAGAGCUACUUUUUAUGAGAAUAUCAUGAAGGCAAUGAGGCCUCAGCCAGAGUACUUUGCUGUUGGUUACUAUGGGCAGGGUUUCCCCUCCUUCCUCCGGAAUAGAAUCUUCAUCUACCGUGGCAAAGAGUACGAGCGAAGGGAGGAUUUCAACCUGAAGCUGCUGACACAGUUCCCCAGUGCUGAGAAGAUGACCAGCACUGCCCCUCCAGGGGAAGACAUCAAGGCUUCUCCUAAACAGUAUGUGCAGUGCUUUAUUGUGAAGCCUGUGAUGAACCUGCCACCUAAUUACAAAGAUAAACCUGUUCCUGAACAGAUCCUGAACUACUACAGAGCAAACGAGGUGCAGCAAUUCACACACUCCAGACCGGUCAGGAAAGGAGAGAAAGACCCAGACAACGAGUUUGCUACUAUGUGGAUAGAGAGGACAACCUACACCACAGCCUAUUCAUUUCCAGGCAUCCUCAAGUGGUUUGAGGUCAAGCAGGUCACCACGGAAGAGAUCAGCCCCUUGGAGAAUGCCAUAGAAACCAUGGAGCUGACCAACGAGAAGAUCACCAACAUUGUCCAGCAGCACAUGUGGGACAGGAGCCUCCCUGUGCACCCCCUGUCCAUGCUCCUCAACGGCAUCGUGGACCCGGCGGUGAUGGGAGGAUACACCAACUAUGAGAAGGCCUUUUUCACAGAGAAAUACCUUCAGGAACAUCCUGAAGAUCAAGAGAAAAUUGAGCUGCUGAAGCAACAAAUCGCCAUCCAGAUGCCCCUGCUGGCUGAGGGGAUCCGGAUCCACGGGGAGAAGCUGACGGAGCAGCUGAAGCCGCUGCACGAGCGACUCAGCACCUGCUUCAGGGAGCUCAGGAGGAAGGUGGAGAAGCAGUACGGGGUCAUCACCCUGCCGCCCUGCCUGACCGAGAGGAAGCCCAGCAGGUCGGGCUCCGUGGUGCUGCCCUACAUCAUGUCCUCCACCCUCAGGAGGCUCUCCGUCACUUCUGUGGCCUCCUCCGUGCUCUCCACCUCCUCCACCUCGUCUGACAGCACCUCCUCCAGGCCAGGCUCCGAUGGAUCCAUCCUGGAGCCUCUCUUGGAGCGAAGAAUAUCGACAUCCUCCAGAGUUGAGGAGCUGCCAGCGAAAGACGAGGGCGACAACAGGAUCAGCAAACUCAAGAGGAAGGAGUGGAGCAUCAGCAAGUCUCAGGUUAUCGUGGAGAAGGAGCCAGAAACAGAAACAGCUUCCAGAAUGGGCACGUCAGGGAAAGCACAAAGGCCAAAGAGUCUCCAGCUGGGGGACAACAGACUGACUUUGCUCCAGGGCUCCUCACUGCAGCAGUCGACUCGCAGCCCACCUCCCAUCACCCCCAAAACCCCCAGGACACAGAGUUUCCCCUCCCUGCAGGCUGACGGGUUGGCAACCCCACCCCCCCCUCCACCCAAAAGCAAACCCUACGAGAACAGCAACCCCAGGAACUCUGCAGAGGUUGCUCCACCGCUGCCCAGCAGGAGGGAAGCCAAACCUCCCCCUCCACCCCCAAAAACCAGGAAAUCCAGCGUUGUGUCCUCGGAGCAGGGGCUGCAGUGA